CAGCACACCAAGUUCACUUGCGCUUUUUCCCGUCGUCCUAGAGCAUGUCGAUGCGAAGGACACUAUGGCGGACGCUGUGUUAUCCCAAUAAGGUCUUCGGCAUCACCACGCAUUCUCUCCUAUCCAGAUGCUCGCGGCAAGGCUUCCGCAGCUACAGCAGCCUGACUGUCAAUGCCGCGGAUCUUGCCUUUGGCCAACCUGUCCAUGAAACUCAUCCGCAUUUGUUGCAGCCAGGAGAAUUGACGCCUGGCAUCACAGCUCAGGAGUAUGCCGAUCGUCGUACGAAAUUAGCUGCGAAGCUGCCAGACAAAGCCAUCGCAGUCGUCGCAGCUUCUGACAUCGAGUUCCGCUCAGGGAGCGUCUUCUACGAAUUCCACCAAGACCCUGACUUCUUCUACCUCACCGGCUUCAACGAGCCGGAGGCCCUCGCCGUGAUCGGAAAAGAUGCCACAGGCACAGAUCAUACAUUUCACCUCUAUGUGCGAGAGAAGGAUCCCAAAGCAGAGAUAUGGGAUGGCGCAAGAUCGGGGACACAAGCCGCAAGGGACGUAUUCAAUGCAGACGAGACAGGAGACGUAAGUCGGGUCAAGACUAUGCUUCCUGAGCUUGUCGGUGCUGCGUCGGAAGUUUACACCGACAUCACCACCCCAGAUCCAAAUCUAUCAGCUCUGCGUCGCUUUCUGCAUGGAAAACCUCAGAGGACGACUGAAUUUGCGGAGCUGUUGCAGCCGUCCAAGAUCAACAGACUGCGACCGAUCAUGAAUGAUCUGCGAGCCUUCAAAAGCCCUGCGGAGAUUGAAGUCAUGCGAAGAGCGGGAAAAGCCUCUGGGCGAGCGCAUACAGAAGCCAUGCGCCGGGCUUGGACACAUGAAAAACAGCUCGAUGCCUAUUUGAGGUAUCAAUUUGUCGCAAAUGGUUGUGAUACGAGUGCCUUUGAACCCGUGGUCGCUGCCGGCAAGAAUGCGCUCAGCAUACACUAUGUGCGGAAUGAUGAUAUCAUGCAAGAUGACGAGCUGGUGCUGGUGGAUGGCGGUGGGAAAUAUGGAGGCUAUAUUGCUGACAUUACCAGGACCUGGCCGGUCAACGGCAAAUUCAGUGAUGCUCAAAGAGACCUCUAUCAAGCCGUCCUCAAUGUGCAAAGGACAUUGAUUGCUCUCUGCCGAGGAAGUGCAAAUGUAUCGCUGGACAAGCUGCACAGCAUUGCGGAGGAGUAUCUGUCGAACGAAUUGAGACAGAUUGGGUUCGACAUGUCCUCCAAAGCUAUCGAGAAGCUCUUUCCGCAUCAUCUGAGCCACUAUAUUGGUCUUGAUGUUCAUGACACGAUUGGAUAUACCCGGAAAAGUGUACUACAUGAAGGACAUUGUAUUACUAUCGAGCCGGGAAUUUAUGUACCGGAUGACGAACGGUGGCCGAAGCAUUUCAGGAACAUGGGUAUCCGUAUCGAGGACAGUGUAUGUGUCCAAGAGGACAGUCCAUACGUUCUCACAACCGAGGCUGUCAAAGAAGUUGUAGAUAUCGAAGGACUGAGGGACUGAGCAGCCCGACUGGCCAUCCUCCAAUACAAAAUUCUCAUCUUUAUCUUCGUUCAUGAUUGCUGCUUUCGGAUCCAC